AUGGCAGUGGCACGGCAGUGGCAUGCUGUUUCAAGGAGAAUGACGCAUUCUCGGCCUUUCCCUUGGUGGAUACAUGUUACCAUGGCGAUGCGAGCGCGCGGAGAAGAUUGCUUGGCCAGUCGUAACCAAGAAGGCGAUAAAGUUCUAAUCAAGAAGAUUGAUAGUGAAUUAUACAACUAUAAUCACAUGGUCCGAGAGGUUGAGCUCAUGAAGGAGUGCAAGCAUGAGAACAUAAUGAGAGUUCUCGACAUAGGCCAAGAAGAGGAUGGAGAUUAUAUGGUUCUAGAGCACUUGUGCGAUGCCAGGGACCUCCAGUAUGAGCGAUUCUACUACAAACUCUCUGACGUAGGGUUGAUCAAAGAAACCAUACGGCAGCUCCUGGUGGGCUUGGCAAGCUUGCACGAGCGAGAGGUUGUGCAUCAGGACAUUGUGCCCGCUUGUAUCAGAUUCGAGCUCAAUCAUAGCAACUUUGUGGUGAAGCUGGGAGAUUUUCACUGCUCAAGGAGGCUAUCAACUCCACCAAAUGUAGAUACUAUGGGGAGCAGUGAAUCAAUGGGAUUCACUGCUCCUGAAGUUAUCUCCCGAGAGACGGAGAAGAUAGGGAAAGGUGUGGAUAUGUGGGGUGUUGGAGCUGUGCUUGCAAAUAUGCUCUUAGGAGAGAACCCUUUUCUUGAAGGUAUUGAUUUGAGUUUGAGCUGCGAUGCAAACAAGGCCAAGGUGAUGGACAAUAUGAAAAAGUUCUUGAAGUGGGAUUGGUAUGAGAUGAUUGAAGACGAGGAUGCAGUGGACUUGCUGCGAUGUUUAUUAGUUUGGGAUCCAGACAAGAGGAUUACUGCGGAACAAGCUUUGAAAUCAAUGUAUUUCAAAGUGAGACCUCAAGAUAUCGAAAAGAAAAGAGUGGUGGUACCUGUUGUCAAAGAAGAAAAGGAAGAAGAAAAGGUGGUGCCGAAGAGUAUUGAUCUUUUCAAAGAAGAAAAGGAAGAACUAAUGAUGUCCCUGGCUCGAAGUUCCAGUUCUUGCUCUCAUCCCUGUCAUCGUCGAGCUGAUCGAAGUGGUGGAAAUAGAGCUCUCGCGGGUAGCGUCGCAGCGCAGCAUAGCUCGGGGUUACCUCCCGGUAGAAAUCGCGCUGCCAGGACGUAA